AGUUCACAGUAAUAAGGGAAGACCCGUAAUAAGGCGAUUACAUCUUUAAUUUCACUUUUGCAGGCAGAUGGACACUCGCGCUCUUCUAUCUCUGUUCAUUCAUUGUGGUGGUGAUUGGGUUGAAAAUGAGAAAAGCGAAAUCCAGUUUAAACGAAACAAGCAAAGUAAGACACAAGUGAUCGAGUGGGAAAGAAGUAAUGAAGACUUCAAUGCCCUUCUCAUGUGUAUUUAUCGGGACUUUGGAUUGCAACAAAGUAAGCAUCAACUUCAGGUUUCAUACCAAUCUUCUCGGUUCGGUAGGGAAUUGCCACCUGUCAUAAUUUCCAGUGAUAAGGCGUUGGGUUGUUUCCUGAGGGAUAAAGAUGUACAUUCUACAUGCUUAUGUGUUGUGGUGACUGAAAUCGAGGAAAGAGAGCUUGAAAAUGAAACUGUCAAGCAACAACAUGCAAUUGAUGAAAACGAAAAGGAAGAUCAAAAUGGCAAAAAACAUGAUUGUGUCUUCCGUGAUGAAUAUUUUGAUUGCAAUCUAGUAUUUGAUAAAGGAUCAAGGCAUGGACAUGAUGGGGUUGUAUUUAAUGAUGAAACAAAUGCGAAUGUGGAGACAUUCCAUUGCAUAGGAUCCAACUGCACUCCUAACUCUCCCCAACCUAAUCAUGAGGUUGAGGUAGAGGUUCCCAAGAGUACGCAGGAGAAAGUUGAUGUGGAGGUUGAAAUUAAAAAUACUACACAAGAGCAUGUUGGUGUAGAGGUUGGACACUACACUCGAUUUCCAAAUGAUUUUGAUUUUCCUGUCAGUGAAGUAGAUGGCGAAGGUGGGUCGGAUGGAACAUUUGGCGAUGGCUCAGACCUGUGUGUUGGGUAUGAGUUUGCCUGCAAGGCUGAUCUAAAGCGGAAAAUGACAGAGGUAGCCAUUGCUGGUUGCUUCGAAACAAAGACAGAAAAGAGUGAUACAACUUGAUAUAUUCUGCGUUGCAGGAGUGCUAACUGUAGUUGGAUGAUGCGUGCAUUUUCCGUAAAGGACUCUCCUAGAUUUAUAAUCAAAAAGUACAACAAGU